CUCGUCUUUCAUUGUGCGGUGGCAGCAACCGACAUACACACAUUAAGCCGUGAGCGGUCCGAGAGGUGGGGGAGUGCUAUUCGUGCGCUUCUUGCUGCUGCUGCUGCUGCUGCUGCUGCUGCUGCUGCUGCUGUUGCUCGCCGCCCGCCCGCCCUUGCAGACGGGCUUCUGCGCUCUUCCGCGGAGCAGAGACGCAGCCAUGAAUCUGGGGGAUGGUUUAAAGCUUGAAACUGAAAUACUGGAUGGAAAACCUAGACUGAUAGUGGCUCCUUGUGUAAGUAACUCGAAACCAGGCAUACGGAUAUGUAAUAAAAACAAGAUUUUAAAAUACACGACGAGAUCAAAACCAAAUGGGCAUAUUCUGAAAUCUGUGCAAACACCCUGUGACAAGAAUGAAUGUUUAACAAAACAGAAAACCGGAUCAAGACUUUCACUGGCCAAAGGUAGUAAACAUCCUGAAACUGUGAUGUUUACCAAGGAUUUAUCAAAAGGACCCUGUAAUAAAGAUGAUGCUUUUAUCAUCCAAAAAGACAAUACAACUUCAAAGCCAGAUAAUGUCAGAAAUUCAGUUAAGAAAGCUUUGGCAUCCAACAAGAAAUUUAAAAAGCAUUCUCUUUCUGUUGAGGAUCUAAGGGACAAUUUGGUAUGUUUAACACAACAACAGCUGGAGCAGAUUUUAAUGGCAGUAAAAGAAGGAACCCAAGGAGCCACUCAGGUUCUGGAUGAAAAGAAAAGAGAUACAAACACCAAAACUCUUGAUGAUCAGACUUCAGAAGAACAUGUAAUGGGAUUGCUUCAGAAAGUCAGUGAUGCUCCAUCUCUUUCAAGUGAAAGUAGUUUCUGUUCAAAAAAACCUCCAGGAAUAUCUAGACAUGCUGAACAGAAAAUAAUAAUGAAUUCAUGGAAGCCAGCUGACAUAUUUAGUACUCUGGGAGAACGAGAAUCAGAUAAAACCUUGUUAGAUGCUAAGAAAUCUCAGUGGAAGAAAGAACUAGAUGAACAGGUAGCUUUAAAGAAGAAACUAAAAGAAACUUUGGAAGGAGAGUCCAGAUACCACCAGCGGCAGAUGACAUCAUCAGACAACUUGACUCCAGCAGCAGAAGAUCUCCAUAGUCACAGAACUUCAACUGCUGAGCCUAGUGAAACUUCUCCCAGUGUGUCCAGUGGUCGAACUGAACAGUUCUCUAGUUUCAGUUCUCCUGAUUUGCCGGCUGCUAUCCGAACAGCAUUUGUCUUAGGGGAAGCAACACCAAUAGAACAUCCUUUCAGUGCUGUGAAACGUGAACAACAGAAAAAAUGGCUUGAAGAGCUUGAUAAGCAAAAGGAAGCAGACAAGUUGCGAAAAAUGGAAGAAAAAUGUAAUUUUUUGAAGGGUGAAGAGCAUGACAAAUGGACAAUACAUUUUGAUUCUUUCAAGAAUCAUAUGAAUUCGUUUACACAGUAUCCUUUAAAUACAACAUAUCAAAAGACUCCUGAGACCAUGCAGCUCUCCCACGACAAUACAGCUUGUUCAUCUUCAGCUUUGUCUUGUCUCACACCUACAGAAAUGGAGAUUCCAGGAAAAGCAAUUGGAAACUAUAUUUCGGAGUCAAAUCAAAAAGCCAGUUUCCUCCGUUCAAUGACUGCUCUUCUGGAUCCUGCUCAGAUUGAGGAACGAGGAAGACGACGCCAAAAACAAUUAGAACAUCAGAAAGCUAUAAUGGCUCAAGUGGAAGAAAAGCGAAAAAAGAAACAGAUAGAAGAGGAACAAAGAAGACUGGAAGAACAAGAAGAAGAGCGCCGGCUUGCUAGAGAACAUGAAUUGAUGAAGAAACAGUUUGAAGAAGACCUGCUAAAGCAGAAACAAAAAGAGGAAAUCAUGACCCUUAAAACAAAAGAGUUGUAUCAAACAAUGCAGAGAGCUCAAGAAUUUGCUCAAAGAUUAAAGCAAGAGCAGCGGAUUAAAAAUUUGACCCAGAAAGGACAUGACACUUCAAAACUGCAGAAGAACCUUGGUGGUGGCGAUGCAACAAAGGAGAAUGAUUACACUGACUUGAAUGGGAUUUUAGAGACUCCUGAUGAUCAGAAGCACUGUUUUUCAGAGACUAACAAUGAAAUAAAGGAGAGAAAGAAAACUAAUUUCUCUCCUCAGAAAGACACAGCUGUGCAGACAGAGUUUGCAAUCACUGAUUUUCCCACCGAUUCUGAAAUUUCCCCUACGCCAGCUGGGGAAGGAAGAAUGGACUGUGCCUCUCCUGAUGUUGCUGUAGAAUAUAUAAUGGACCUCAGCAAUAAAAGAAGCAAGAAAGAAGCACAAUAUCUAGAUAAAAGGAUUUCAGAAAAAGAGAAUAUUAUCAGCUGUUGCAGUCGCUAUGAACAGUGUUCCCCAAAGCAGAAACAUCCCAAGGCAGUGGGAAAAAAUGGGAAAAAGAUGGACUGGAACAUAAACAAACCUUGCAAAAGAUACAUUCCGGCCUCUGAGAAAUAUCCCAGACUCCAGCAAAAGCAGAGGGAAGAAAAGAAAGCACACCGACAAAUGGCACUGCUUCAGUUGGUUGAAAGAAACAGCCCUGGUAAUCUUUGCAAGAAAAAAAAUGUUUCUCCAGAUAGAGCCCUCUCGCCUCACCAGGAAGAUGAGAUCAAAAGUAAAGAAGAACAAUUCUCAAAAAAAUUAUUUGACCAAAGAUCUGACUCUCCACCUGUUCCAGCAGUUAAAAACAGAUUACAGCAACAACUAAAGACCUCUGAUUUCCCAGUUCAUAACAGCAAAAAUGGAAGCCCAAAGAGUAUUUCUACAGAUCAGCAUCGGAAUGAAAGGCCUCUUCCAACUGCUGAAGCUGAAAGGCCGCCUUCAUCUCAUUUUGUUCCUUAUGUGCGAACAAAUGAAAUAUAUUACCUUGAUCCAGAUGCACCCUUGACUAGGCCCUCCACGCAUGAGCCACAAUACCAAGAGCUGAACGAUACUUACCAUAAACCACGGCAGAUUUUUAGCUCUGAUCACAUAAGGGAUCCUCUUUUUAAUCCUAAUAUGGUGAGAGACAGGCAGCAAGCCAUACUCAAAGGACUUUCAGAGCUGCGAGAGGGGCUCCUCCAGAAGCAGAAAGAACUGGAGACAUGCCUUAUUCCAAGUCUUAUGUCUCAAGAAGAAAACUUUACUUUACCGCUUUAAGAAUUUCAGCUACAAUGAAUGGAUGUUUUGCUGUGUUGGCACUUUAUACUGUAAUUAUGAACCAAGUUUGUAGAAUAUGGACUUUGUAUAUUUAGGAUAAACUUUCAGUAAUGAAGAAUUUAUUUCACAUGAAAUGGUAUAAUAAUGUGACUUGUUUACACAAUAUUUGUACACCUAAUUUAAAUUUUAUGUGGGUAUUUAGCAUGAGAAAUAAAAUACUUGAAUUUCCUGGC